CUGCUGCUGUGGUCAUUUACCAAGUUAGUUUCGUCCAGUCUACUAUAUUUUUAAAGAUUCGCUUUAUUUCAUUAUUUCCUUAAUAAGUUUAGAUUUCCAACUCAAGAAUAGAUAUCGUUAGAUAUAAUAACAUUAUCUGUGUACAAAUAUGGUAUUACUUUAUCGUUGAAAUAUUGAGAUUUAUAAAUUUUAACCAUGAUCCGCCGACCAAAGCCCGGUGAAGAUGAAGAAGACAUAUUGCGCAUGCAGCAAGAAUUUCUUAAAGUAAAAAAAUUUCAACCUUCCGCGCAAGUGGUUAACUUACGUAAAACAGAACAUCAAACUACUAAAAGGGCCGGCUCGACGACAUCAGACACUCGUAAACCUUCCAGAUAUGCUCAGUCCAAAGGCCUUAAAGAAAAACAUCCGCGUAUAGAUACUGGUGCUGGGCAGGUACUUGGCGCCAUUUUAGAAAAGAAUAUUCCAGAAGAACAAGAGCCUUCUGAACCUGACAAUGGCGAACCACUUACAGACAUAAACAAUCCUAUUGAACCUAAUGAUGACAAGGUUUACUACCCGAGAGUUAUGCCUUUUAUUAUUGGCGACAUAGUGGAGAGGAGUUCUAAUGACAAUUUUAACUUUAAUUUAAAGCCAAUGCCUUUGAAAGGUUUCCCAAUUGUAACUAAACGUGACCCUAAUAUUCAACCUGGCUCUAAAAGUAUUUAUGCACAACAUAUUGAGAAAUUAAAAGUGAAUGCCAUGGAUGUUGAUCAGCCUUCAAGCUCUUUGGAUGUUAUUAAAGAAAAUCCUAUCAUACCUAUUCCUUUGCAAAGUUACAUUCUAUCAAGUAAUGAAGCAGGUGAUAUACAUAAAGAAAAUUUAAACAUUUUAACAAAAAUGUCUGAAGAAGACAUUUUACAAGAACAACAGAAACUACUAUCAAGCUUAGAUCCUAAAUUAGUCAACUUUAUAAGAGCUAAAAGAAGAGACACUAAUUCACAACAAGCUAUUUGUAAUUUACAAAUUAUGGAAGGAAUAAAUGAUAGUGAAAUGAAUGUAAAAGAUCAAAAAAGCAAGAUUGAAACUAGCAGUACAAAAAGAAAUGAUUAUUUAUGGGAUAAUGAUGUGCUCUCUCACUCUCAGGUCCACAAUUGGCUGCAUUUUGAAAAUCUAGAAAAGGAUAAGCUGGAAUGGAUAAAGGGUGUAGAAGAAAGAAGGGUUGAGUCUGAUGAACCUUAUGAGGCAAGAUUUGAUUUUAAUGGGUACUUGCUCCCAUACACCAUAGAGUACACAGAGAAAACAAAAACAUUGUACCACCAUGGAGAAGAACCACACAGACCAGGUUACUCAAUUACCGAACUGAUUGAACUAACCAGGUCAAAUGUAACCCAACAGAGAGUGAUGGCUUUAAAUACUCUUGCAGGAGUUCUUGAGUAUUAUAAUGCUGGAAUAUACAAAGAUAUAAUAGAAAUACCAUUAAGUAAAAUAUUUUUUGUAAUAAGGAUUGCUAUGGAUGAAAAUAAACUUAUACUGUUAGAACCAGCUCUGCGAGCAAUGAGAAAUUUACUUUUUAACAAAAUAGAUGAAGCAUGUCUGGAUGCUUUAUUAGGCUUUGAAGAAGGUAGUUACCAACCUUGUCUUGAAAAUGAUAAAUCAGAAAUUGACGAAAUGGAAUCUAAGGAAACAGAAUUGAAUGAUUUUCAUUUAGCAGAAAUAGAUCUGAUAUCAGCGGUUAUAAGAACAGAGAUUUUACAAAGACUUUUUUAUAUAAUAGAUACUGUGAAGCCAAGUUAUAAUUCUGUUCAAUAUGCUUUGCAAAUUUUGACACGAUUGUCUAGAAAUUCGACGGAGACCGCAAAUAUGAUUGUGCACACUGAACAUUUAAUGAAAUCUAUUUUAUCUCAUUUUGUACCUAGUGCAAGCAUCAAUUUUACUUUUGAUCCAAAAUCUAUCUAUAAAGGAAGGCCUGUUUUGUCAGCUCUUAAGUUGUUGAGGAUUCUGUCUCUACAGUCCAGAGAAAUUGCUGAAAUUUUAAUAUCAAAGUAUGACUUAUUAAAACCAAUAUCAUUUUUCAUAAGUUCAGGAGUAGAUGGUACAUAUGGUUUACGAUUACAGAUAGAAGCUUUCUGUAUAUUAUCUAACUUACUUAAUUAUGGGAUAGUCACAGAAAAUACCAUGGCAUUGUGUCCCUUAAUAGUUACCAUACUUUAUAAGCAUGUGCAAGUUACAGACAUUUUUAUUGAAUCUUCAGUGUUAUCAGCAACUCAUGCUGCAGUGGUACUACAGUUUGUGAGUAAGCUACUUAACUGUAAGAUCCUGAACUUAGAUAGUUACAAACACCAAGUUUACCCCCUUUUAAAAGAAGGAGUACAAAAAUGGUUGAUGCAAACAUCUUGUAUUGAUAACUAUACUUGUGGUCAUUUGCGGCUACUUUGUUCCUCAUUGGAUUGCUGCAAAACAGUUUUAAUUAAUGAAAAAGUUACACUGAAGUUUUUGAAUGAUACCUUAGUAAAUUUUUCAUCAUCAAAAGGAUUUCAAACUAUGCUGAAUAACUUAGUGCCAAGCUCAAAUCUUCUGUCUGAAAUUGGAGACGGGGAAAUUAUGUAUGUCAAAAAUCUUACAAGUCUUGGAGCAGCCGUUGUUAAUUCAAAGCACAAAGUACAACCAAUAUUAAACAUUACUUCACCCAUUCCAUUUUUGGUAUCAUUGUUCAAGUUGCUAAACAUUAUUGAUGACAAAGAAAUAGCUGCUGUUUUUAUCAAUAAAACCUUGACCUAUUUAACACUGUUAUCAAAGAAACAUUUAAGUCUCACUAACAAUUGGUUUACAAGAAUGGAAGUAGAAUUUGUAUUUAGCAUUGUUAGACUAUCAACUCAAAGCAAUAUAUCAGAGUCCAUAAAGGAUAUUAUCUAUGUGGUAGCAAGUAAACUUUGUUACAUUAUGCGAACAGAUAAACAAUUUGAAUUGAAUUUUCUUUUUAAUAAUGUAAUUUUUAAUAAGCAAUGGUUUACAACUGAUAGAUUAUUAAAAAGAAUUUCAUUGACAGGAGAAAAUGAUCUCACUACUUUAACAAGUGUUGAAGAGAUAAAAGUCUGUUAUGCAAAAGUUAUCAACAUAAGCCUGCAAAAAGAAUUGAACUGCAACAUUGUACUAAAAAAGUGGCAGGAGCCAGUUUUGCCAAGAGAUUGGAUAUACUUGCCUAUUCUGUCUUUGUAUGGUAGCUAUCAAGAAACACAGUUCAAUUCAAUUUCUACUGCCAAUAAAAUGGUUAAACAGCAAGAGGCUGAAAAGAAGUUAAUUAUAAGAUGUAGCUUAGAAUGGAUUUUGUUCAAUGAGAUAACAUUUCCAGAUCUUAUAAGUGAUAUAGAAGUAACUGAUAGGUUUUGCAGAAUUAUGUGCGUCUUUCUGUGUAGCAGUUCAUUAUUUUUGGAUAAAAAUAUAAAUACAUUAAUCAGGAAGUGUAUGGAAAAUCUUUAUAAAAAUAGGCACAAGUUCAAUUUUGAUAAGCAAUUAACAGGUCUCAGUAAUUUUCAAGAUUUAUACACACAGCUUUUGGAGCAAUUCCAGUCUGUGAGCUAUGGGGAUGAUACUUUUGCCUCCUGUGUGUUAGUACCUUUAGCUCAAAAGCACAAUGUAAAAUGGCGAAAGCUUUUAUGGUCAGAGUAUGCUGGCUGUUUAAGAGCUCUUGAUUGUCCAGAAAAUUACUUGUGUUAUAAUUUAGAUGAUUAUUACUACCCAGAAGAAACUGAUGAGUCCCUUUUAAAAUCUUAUACCAGAGCUCUAUCAAGUAAUUUAAUGAAGCCCAAUACAGUUGUUUAUAAAAUAGCCCAGCAUCAUGUAAGCAGUUUUAAAAAGCGCACUAUUUGUAAGUUAGAUGGGAGUAAGUAAUUGUUUAAAUCGUAUAAUUAUUAAAUGUGUUUAUAAAUUAA